GUUGUUUUCGUUUGGAGCACUUCACUCGACCCCCUUCCUUGGCGCUCCCCUCCCCCCGUCACUUUCCCCGCUCGCCCGGGUCGCUGCUACUGCCGCCGCCGCCGCUGCUGCUGCUGCUGAUUCGGGAGGCGGAGGAGGAAGAGGACGCAGUUCCAAAGACUUUGGAAGCACCAGGCGCAGGCUGCAUUGAUUGAUUGACACCUCCCCGCCCCAGUUUUGCGGUGUCCCUCCCGCGCAAAGAGCCUCUCUCUUGGAGUUGUUUCAGUUACUGAGCUGUGGACAUCAAGACGAAAAGGGAGAAACUGACACCCCACUCCCCUAAAAAAGAAAAAAACAAUCCAGUUUUUUUUUUUUUUUGCAUUUUCCUCGAAAAACGUCCAAAGGGAGGAAAAGAUCCCGGAGAAAGGUUGCAGGGUCUUUCCUAUUCUUCUCCCUCCUCCCCGCCCCGUUCCCCACUCCCCGAAGGAAAAAAAAAAUCCCUGGGAGAUGGUGACAUAUGAAGCGAGCCGGGAGGACCAUGGUUGAGAGGACCAGCAAGUUCUUGCUGAUCGUGGCCGGCUCGGUGUGCUUCAUGCUCAUCUUGUACCAGUAUGUGGGGCCGGGGCUGAGUCUGGGGGCGCCCAGCGGCCGCGCCCUGGCCGAUGACCUGGACCUCUUCCCCACGCCCGACCCGCACUACGUGAAGAAGUAUUACUUCCCCGUGCGCGAGCUGGAGCGGGCGCUCACCUUCGACAUGAAGGGCGAUGAUGUGAUCGUAUUCCUUCACAUCCAGAAGACCGGUGGCACCACCUUCGGCCGCCACCUGGUGCAGAACGUGCGCCUCGAGGUGCCCUGCGACUGCCGGCCCGGCCAGAAGAAGUGCACCUGCUACCGGCCCAACCGCAGGGAGACCUGGCUAUUCUCCCGUUUCUCCACCGGCUGGAGCUGCGGUCUGCACGCCGACUGGACCGAACUCACCAACUGCGUGCCCGGAGUGCUGGACAAGCGGGAGAACGCGGCCCUCAAGACCCCAAGAAAAUUCUACUAUAUUACGCUGCUGAGAGACCCGGUGUCCCGCUACCUCAGCGAGUGGAGGCAUGUUCAGCGCGGGGCCACCUGGAAGACCUCACUGCACAUGUGUGAUGGGCGGACCCCAACGCCCGAGGAGCUGCCCCCAUGUUAUGAAGGCACAGACUGGUCAGGCUGCACCCUGCAGGAGUUCAUGGACUGCCCCUACAACCUGGCUAACAACCGCCAGGUAAGGAUGCUGGCUGACCUGAGCCUGGUAGGUUGCUACAACAUGUCCUUCAUCCCUGAGAACAAGCGGGCGCAGGUCCUUCUGGAGAGCGCCAAGAAGAACCUCCGGGACAUGGCCUUCUUCGGCCUGACGGAGUUCCAGAGGAAGACCCAGUACCUGUUUGAAAGGACUUUCAACCUGAAGUUCAUCCGGCCCUUCAUGCAGUACAACAGCACCCGGGCGGGUGGCGUGGAGGCGGACAGUGAAACCAUCCGGAGGAUCGAGGAGCUGAACGACCUGGACGUGCAGCUCUAUGACUAUGCCAAGGACCUCUUCCAGCAACGGUACCAGUACAAGCGGCAGCUGGAGAGGAUGGAGCAGAGGAUUAAAAAUCGAGAGGAAAGACUUCUCCACCGGUCCAACGAGGCCCUUCCCAAGGAAGAGGCAGAGGAACAGGGACGUUUGCCCACUGAAGACUACAUGAGCCAUAUUAUAGAGAAGUGGUAGCCCAGGGGAGCCUUUUCUACUUGACAGCACCCAAGAAUUCUCACGGGGGGGGAUCAUAUGGUUGUGUGACAGAAACCCACAAAACUUUAUUUAAAAAAUCCCAAGUCUAUUUGACAGGAGGUAGAUGUGUCUGAAAAACACACAACAGGGAGGGGGGAAGAGAGGGAGUGGGGAAGUGUGGCUUUUUACUGUUUCUACAAGGCCAGACGUUCUUUAAAAAAUAAAUAAAGGAAAAUUUCAAAUGGGUCACAGCCAACUUGUACUUAACACAGAACCACCAAGUCAGCUCCCCCCAUCUGAGGACCAGGACUGCACAAAUGGUUUGUGCCCCAAGCUCAGAAGAGGGUCACAUUCCUUUGCAUCUGUGCCCUGAGCAUCCAGGCCAAUGGGGGAGAAGGCGGUGGUAGCUUUUAGAAAAGGAAAGUCGUGACAGAAUGGCUUGGCUAUCAGUCCAUCGUCUAACGACAAAAAGCAGCAGUGCUCAGGUUCAUAUCGCCAUAGAGGAAAACAAAGUUAAAAAAAAAAGACAACUAAGGGAGGGUUUCAAACACAAGGGGGAACACAGGGGAUUUUGAAGCUGUCUAAGAUAUACCCCAUGCCAAGGGGCCCUCAUUACUUCACCCAUAAGCUAGGAGGUCAUCUUCAGAGCACAGGAAAGAGAAACCAAAUUUGAUUCCAUAUAGAAUUGAUGGUAUUUAUGCGCACACAGACACACACAUACACACAUCAUCCCUUCUCUAGCCUUAAAAAAGGUCAAAACACCAGUGUUUUGUUUUGAUUUGUUUUAGUACAUCAGGCAGGUUCUUCCCAUAGAACACGGGGACCAUCUCACUCAAAAGCCUGAAGAGACUAUGUGGACCCAGACAGAAACCAUCACCCAUGCCUUUAUUACCUGUGAGCAUCUGAAAUAUUUAUGAGGGCAGGUACCUGUCUUUAUUCAGGAAAACACAAUUACUUCUUUCAAAUUAUCUUAAGAAGUUUGGGGUUUUUUUUUCCCCUGCACUUGCCCUCCUUUAAGACCAUCCCUAGCUUUCAAAGUUUGCCUGAAGACUAAACAGCCUCCUUACUUAGAGAAUAACACAACAGGAAAACCACAGGAAGAAGGAAAAGGACAAGCAUUGGGUCUUUGGCUUGAGUCCUGCUGGCCCCUGCCAUUUCAAAUCGUGUUCCCCCCAAGGAGGAGUCAGAUUUCAUUCUCCUGCUUAAUAUCAGAAUCCCUAACUGGAGUUGAUGCCCGUCAACAGGGGGCCAGCAAUACAUUCCUGCCCAUUUCCAGCUAUCUUAUUCCACAUUCUCCAAACCACUUAGGUAUCUUUGCCACUCUACUCUGCACCUGUGUAUUGACAUGGAAAUUAUUUGGGGUAGGGGGGUAAUUUACAUAUUAGGCUUUAUUAAUCACCCCCUGGAACUGAACCAUUAUGGAGGGAGACAGUGAUUAGAGGAAGGCAGUUGUGUGUUCCAAAGCUGUGAGCAUGCCUGUGGUAUAAGAAAGGGGCCCUGGGAGUUAGGCCCACUGAGGUGUUUUUACCCAGCAGCUCUCACCCCCCAAGGCCAACCACCACCACGUCCUGCUUUUAUGUCGCUGCCUUUAUCCCCAGAAUCGGUGGCUUCAGAGGGUAUCGUCAGAGGGUAUCCGACUGGCUUCAAUGAAAUUUACAUCCAGCACCCCCAUCGACCAGUUAUGUGGAACCAGUUGGCCACCGGAGAUGUUACUGCCUGAAUGGACGGUGUAGAGCAGGAAUGAGGCCAGUCUCCUGCACAGGAUGGAAGCAUCCCCUGAGUGUCCGUAACACUCUGGAAAAGACCUUAUGGAAAACCUCCUAAACUUCCCUCAUGUUUGGAGAGUUGCUAAAGGAUUCAGGAUGUGACCCCAGUCAAAAACUCUGCCCCAAGCCUCAGACUCCAGUUAUUUUCACAUUGCUUAUUUGUCUCAUGGCCUCCAUAGAUAAAUGGAGUGAAACCUCAGUUAACAAAAAUAAAAAAUUUCUAAAACCUCAGUUAAGUACAACUCAGAUAUAGGACCCUCAACUAACCAGAAUUCUUUUGUGGGACGGGGAGGAAGGGAAAAGCAACGGCUGCCAUUGGAUUUUAGGUGAAAGAAAUGCAAACCUCAAGGAAAGAUGCUGGUGUGAAGGACUUAGUCAAGAAAAUAAUUUCCAGAGGCUAUCCUGAGCACAUUCUGAAGUCAUCCCAAUUCCCCUACAUCUUCUCUCUCGACAUCAAGCAGUUAGAGUGGAUGUUCAGGACAAUAUCCUUGAGGCCCUACGUGACCUUCAGUCAGGAAAGAAGGAUUCCAUUAAGUCAUCCACACACCUCUGAAUGAGGCAGGAAAAGGAGGGGACUCUGGUACUUUAGAAAGUGUUUCACCAACAGAGGCUGGUACUGAAAAGAGGUUUAUGGCUUACUCUUAUUGCUCAGAAGUUCAACUAACCAGGAACUGCAUAGGGUUUUGCUCUCAGCCUCUUGAAAUCCUUCUGCCUGUUGUAAAGGUCAGUCCUUCGGUUUAUUACGCACCUCCCUUACAGAUUCCAGUGUGAUCCUUUGGCUCCUGGUGUGUGUAUGUCUUUGCUUUCUGGUGAAUACUAUUCUAGAGCCAUUUUUCCCAUCCAUUAAAACAUUUCACAGUUAUCUCCACCCACCUUUCCAAUCCACUGGCCAAGUCCCCAAGGCAGCAUUACUCCCCAAAUCUCUGUUGUAACUUCCCUGGUGUCUUCUUCUCUUCCUCCAUCCUUCUUGCUUCCUUUCACUGUCCUCCCUACUUCCUCUCCCUGUUUUCCUCUUGCUUUUCUUCUCCUUCAUCCCACACUUUGUUUCCAGAUCUCUAUUUGCCGUUGCUUCCCUCCCUGUCCUUUUCACUUCUUUCUCACCCCCAUCUUUCUUUUCCUCUCUUUUUUCCUCCUGUAGCCAUUCUUCAGCUUCCUUUUAUUUCCGUCUCCCCAGAUUUCCUAGCCUGGUACCCGCUCUGGUCACACUAUAAAGUGAAGUGUUGGAAAGGAAGUGUUGCUGAAGGUCCUGGGGCAUUCCCAGGUGGUCUCACUGUAUGAUACCCUUGCUCUAUGGAAUGACCCAGUGUCAGGAUCCAAAACCAGGCUCCUCCCCACCCCUCUCCCCAGCCACCCUGGGAGACAGGCAAUCUGUUCUAAUCUGAACUUGAGUGGGUGUCCUCUUACCUCCCUCAGCCAGAGAUGCCACCUCCAUUUUCCAGCCGAACCAACCAUUGGACAGCCCAACCCUUCAACCAAAUGAUCCAGAAAUGCCCUCUGUGUCAGAGCGGCAUCAGCAGCUCCGAAGAAUCCCUAGGCCCCUCUCACUUUGUAAAAGCUCCCCAACACUAGACAAGGCUUUGAAUGUUCUUGCUCUCUAGGUAUGUGCCAAGCAGGCUGCUUCUUCACCCCUUCUUUCCUGGAAGCACAGCAGAGUUUCCAGAACAGGUUGUGACAACAGCCUGUGGAGUGGAAUAAAAAUACUCUAGCUAUAUUUAGCUAUUCCAGGUGCUUUCACAUCUAUUAAGCGAUCUUAAUGACACUCUGUGAAGUUGGUAUUUUUAUCUUCUUUUUGAUAGGUGAUAUAGUUGAGGGAGGCCUAGAGAGGUUUAAGUGACUGGCCCAGGGUCACACAGUGAGUUAGAGACAGAACCUCACUAAGAGAUCCCGAGAGGAAGAUGGGGUACAAGCUUCUGUCUCAGGAUGUGUUAGUAAGGACCUUUCCUAGCCCAAUUUUCACUAGGAUAUCUAGGCAAAAAUAAAAUCACUGCAGAGAAUGGGGGAAGCUUUUUCCCCCCAGUUUGAUUUCUUGCUUUAGUACAGCAUGUCCUGGUAUCUGGGCUUUUUAUUUCCUUAUACACGAACUGAAGAGGAAUCAGGAACCAGAUGGGAUGGGUUGCUAGCUUGUAUGCCAUGGCAGAGAGCAGUCAGCUCUUUGGGAGGCUUGCCUUCCUGGCCCAUUUCUGCCAACCUAAUUAAAAAUGUACAUCAUAAGCUGGGUACAUCCCAUAGACAGAGAUGAUUGGGUGGGUGCUGGUUAUGUGCUUGGGGGUGCAUGUCAUAUGCAAGAAAUAGAGGUGAUUCUGUGGGUGAAUUUAGUAGAGUUGGCCCUUUUAAAUGGCAAACCAGUAAUCAGUGGUUUAGCUUUGAAAAUCUUAAUGGAGAAUUUCUCUCAUCAAAAUGAUCAGCUGUGGUUUGGAAGAGUGACAGGGAUCUCUCACCAAGAUUAGUGUGGGCUGUAGAGCCCAGUCGUACUUCACUUGGUGUUACUCCCACAUUCAGGAAGGGACUUUUCAUUUGCCAGGCACACUGGCCCAAGUACAAUGUGGAAGGAUGCGAGCGCAUUCCUCUCUUGUAAUUCCCUCUGCACCAAGCCUGGGACUCCCUCGGAGGACUGAAUCAAGAGACCUGUACUCUGAAAGGCUGAUCUGCUUUGAGAAUAGUGCUGGGAGCACGUGAUUUGUUUUGUACAUAUUGAAAUAUGUUUUAACUUAUUUUUAAUUGCCCCAAUUCCCCUCGAAGUGAUGAUUUUUCUGUUUCUUCGUUUGCAUUUGGAAGUUUAAAAAAAAGGUCUCUUAUUCUUUCCAUCACCAGUACUUCGGGUGCCCGUGAGGCAGAGCAAACCCGCAGCUGCCAAUGACCGUCCUCGAAUUUUCGGUUCACUCUGUUGGCUUUUGAUUGAAGGCAUCACUUGUACUCCCUUUCAUUUCAGCAACGUCUUGGAAACAGAAAGGAUGAGCCAAUGGGGAAGGGGAGUUCCCCCUUACAAGUUGCCCUUUCUGAUGACUUUAUCUGCCAGAGAACUCAUGUGGGGGGAGGAGGGGAACGGUGUUGCUGAGAGGGCAAACUCAAAAGUCCAGUAAGUUAAAAAAAAAUCAGUUCCUGACCCAGCCCCAACCUAGGCCCAGCAGACCCAGCUGCUCCCCUGGAGCUAAGAAAAAGGAAAGCCGGGGUUUUCUGAGCAAUGAGUCUGUGACAUUUUCAGUUUAACUUGAGCCCAGUAACAUUUAAAGCUUUUAUUUAUUUAUAGCUUCUUAACAAAAAAAAAAGAAAAAAGAAAAAGUUGUGUUCAUUGAGAAGGAAUUGUUUGGUUAUUCGUCUAAGAAAAUGGUUCAACAAAAAAAAAUAAUCUUCUAAUUGUUUUUGUCUAGGUCAAGAAUGAAUGUUAGCAAAUGAAAUAAAUCUUCAAAUUGAGCCCUG